GGCGACUUUCGAGAACAACACAAUGGCUUGAGUCCAGUACAACAUUCGGGUACUGUCAUUAUUUUAUAAAUACUCAAAAGACGAGUGUAGGUACGCAAGUGCACCGAUUGAAACACUGACUGGUUUUGGUGUCCCGUCUCCGCUCCGCUACGAUGGCUCAAGCCCAUUUCGGUUUGAACGCAGCAGAGUUCAGCUGUUCAAUAUGUUUGGAAGUGCUGAAGGACCCGGUCAGCAUCCCGUGCGGUCAUAGCUUCUGUCAGAGCUGCCUGACAAGCUACUGGGACAGUCAAAUGGUCUGCAGCUGUCCACACUGCAGAGCCACCUUCAGUCCCAGACCGACCCUGGGCAGGAACACCUUGCUGACAGAGAUGAUCCAAAGACUGGCGGCUGCACAGUUAAGUGAGGGUCCAUCUGCUCCUCCCCUCUACCAGGACCCGGCGUUCUCCAUGACCCAAGGCUUUGAGCAUCCCACCUUUGACGUGUCCUCAGUCCAUGCAGGGAGGACCUUUGGGGAGAAACAUUUUGAAGAAAUGCGUAGAAACAUCGGCGAGCAAAUUACGGAGAAAGAACGUGAGGUUCAGCAGCUGAAACAAAACUUGAAGUCUUUCUCUCACCGCGCCAAGGAAGCAGUCAAGGAUGCCAGCAGGAUCUUUGCGGAGCUGCAAAUGUUUUUGGAGCACCGUCGUGUGGAAGUGAAGGCGCUCAUCAGGGCUCAGGAGAAGGCGGAGUCGACUCGCUGCGAGAACCUGCUGCAUCGCCUGGAACGACAAAUCUGCCAGCUGAAGGAGCGAGACGCCGCGCUGCAAGGAUCGCAGGAUCAGCAUCUGAUCAAUACGUUUUGCAGUCCAGCAGCAGAAGAACGUUCUCUGACACUCAAUCCUCACGUCUCCUUUGGCGGCGUGAGGAGAUCCAUCUCCGACAUGAAGGAACACCUGCAGACUUUUUACCACGCACAGUUUACCAACAUCAGCGCCGCAGUAAAAAAUGUCAACAUGCUGCAGUCAGAGAAGUCAAACAAAGGAUGUGCGACAGUGAAGAAGUCCUACACUGCAAGCGUCGCCACUUUGGACGACAGAAGUGAUCUGCUUCGAUAUUUCCAUCCUCUUUCCUGGGACCCUUUUACGGCGCACCAGGAGCUGUUGCUGACCGAGGGGAACCGUGCGGUGGGUCGGACAGGAGAGGUGCAGUCCUACCCGGUUCACCCCGAGCGCUUUGACAGCUGGGCUCAGGCGAUGUGCCGUGAAGGUUUGCAAGGACGUUGUUACUGGGAAGCUGACUGGGAUGGCCAGCAGGUGGCGCUGGGACUCGCCUACGAAAACAUCAAGAGAAAGGGGACGUCCAACGAAAGCAGGCUUGGACACAACAGUCUAUCGUGGAGUCUUCUCUGCGGUCUUUCCUCUUUCACCUUCACCCAUGGCGACGAUAUGGUCAGCAUUCCCUCCGCCAGAAUAUCGCACAAAAUCGGGGUCUUCCUGGACCACGACGCGGGAGCGCUGUGUUUCUAUUCGGUGACACCUGCAGGAAUCCAGCUACUGCACCAAAUAAAGACCAACUUUGACCAGCCUCUGUACCCGGCUGUGUGGCUCGGCCCCGGGGCCUCCGUUAACCUCACCUGUGUUGACUGACAUGGACAUAUAAGCUAAAGUCCCUCUAGUCUACAACAUAGCAUGUUCCACAUAUAUAUUUAUAUAGUAAUAUUACAUUACUGUACAACAUGUUGCAUGCAUAUACAGUCGUGCUCAUAAGCUUACAUACCCUGGGAGAAUUUAUGAUUUCUUGGCCAUUCUUCAGAGAAUAUGAAUGAUAACACAAAAACCUUUCUUCCACUCAUGCUUAAUGGUUGUGUGAAGCUAUUUAUUGGCAAACUGUGUUUACUCUUUUUAAAUCAAAAUGACAAAAGAAAGUACCCAAAUGACCCU